AUGACAAUCCCUCCUGGUUCCUUACCGGUAUCGGCGUUCCCGCCAGAGCAUAGCGAGACACAACCGAGCUCUGUCGCAAAUAAAACAAUCGAUUGGCCUCAAGUCCUUCAACUAAGGUCAUGGCUUGGUAAUAUGAGUUUGAUACCAGAACCAGCCAACAAAUCAUCGAAAGAGAAGAUUAUGCUCAAUAAUUUCACGGUUGUCGAUUCGUUCUUCGACGCGUUCAAAGCUACCGAUGGUCAGAACAGUUGGUCUGGGUUCGAAUUUUCAGUUAAGGAUAUCGGGACGGUCAAGCCUCUCGGUCAAGUGUACAAUCUGAGUGGGAUUCCAGAAGUCUGGGCAAGAGUUUUUAACUAUUCGCUAUCAAUGAACACCUACUUGAUGCAUGCUGCGAACGAAGAUCUCAGCGGGGCCAAUGGCAAACAAAUCGGAGUCAACUACUUGUGUACAAACACUACGAAAGAAUGGCAGACGGUCCCAAAAGUCGUUUCAGUCACCGUCGGAAGCACAUUAGCAGUAUUCUCGGCCUGUUUCACUCUACUCGUUGCUGUGGCCCGGAGAUUGGAUAACUUCAACAUAAAAAAUGCGGAAAUGCAUCAACUGGCGGAAAGUCGCACCCAAUCAACUCUCAAGGUAGACGAUGAGGAGGUUGUCCGUCUUGCUGCGUGA